GGUGAAUAUAAGUAGGCACACGUAGAAUAAUGUUUUCUAAAUACAUAUUGUAGGAAAUUUUAACUUUUGGUAAACCAUGUUUGGUAAAAUGGUUACUUUAAUGCGAUCUAGAAUCAUAUUUUGCAUUAUAAUCUUCUAUGUUGUACCACAAGGAAAUGCAAAAUCAAUAAGAAUUGAUACAAGUAUAGAAGUGGGCAAGAAUAUCACAGGCCUCCUGCAAAACCUGCAGAAUUACUUGCAAGGCUUACAAACGAAGAGUCCGGACUACCUACAGCAACUGAUAGCUAAUGCGCAGAACAAGCAGGUGAAGGAUGAGGCGUCGGACCAAGUAAAAGAACGCAUAGUUCAACUAAUCAAAAACAUGGCAAACAAUGCUGGAGCCGGCGUUACAACCCCCUCCCCAUUUCAAGCACAAAUACAGGCUGUAUAUGAGUCGAAAACCACAGAGAUGAACUGGCUAGCGUUCUGGGAAGCUUUGAAGAAAAUGGUGAAUAAUAUAGCUCAGAGUCUAGACAACAAACCUUCGCAAGUCAUAGUGCAAGAGGCAGAAGAGAAAAGACAAUUUAGUCUUUUACAGAACAUAAAAUCAGGACGAGUUCGGGGCCCCGUUCACGUAUAUGGUCAGCACAGCGGUAGCAAAGAAGAUGACUAAAGAUAAAAUAUAUCUUGAGAUUUAGUAAAAA